AGCUGGGAGGCACGGAGCCGCUGGGGCAGGCGGCGGGCAGGGCAGGGCGAUCGGGAGAAGAGGCGGAGGGAGAGGAAUCGCUCGCGGCUGGAGGCUGGGGAGCGAGCCCCGCGCACGGAUGCGGCCUGCAGUGCAGCUGAACCCCGCCAUGCUGCUUCCAUCUCUGAAGAUGCUUCUCCUCUUCCUCGCAGGUUUGCCAGUCGUGGUGUCUCGAAGCAGCAAACUGCACAUUUCACCCAGCGACCCCGAAGUCGUCCUCAGUCUCUGGAGCAACUUCUCACUGACGUGCUCGGGGGAGGCCGAGGUGGUCUGGGAACGAGACAUGCAGCCCAUAGCCGCGCCGCUGGAGUGGAGAGACGGCACCUUCUCCAGCACGCUCACGCUCUGGAAUGUGACAGGCAAUGACACGGGGGAGUACGUCUGCACCUACAACCAAUCCCAGAACCAGAAGCACGCGGAGAGACAGGCCGUCUAUGUCUUUGUGCCAGACCCGUCCAUCGUCUUCCUCCCCACAGGCCCUGAGGAACCAUUCAUCUUCAUCACCGGCGACAGCGAGGCCACCAUCCCGUGCCGUGUGACUGACCCCCAGACCACGGUGACUCUCUAUGAGAAGAAGGUGGAGAACCCAAUUCCCGUGGUCUAUGACAGGCAACAAGGCUUCACGGGGUUCUUCGAAGACAAGACCUACAUCUGCAGGGCAAUGCUGGGCGAGCGGGAGGUGGACUCUGACGCAUAUUACGUCUACAGAAUCCAGGUCUCGUCCCUCAAUGUUUCCAUCCGCGCGGUGCAGACCGUGGUGAAGCAAGGCGAGAACAUCACCGUGAUGUGCACUGUGAGCGGCAACGAAGUGGUGGAUUUCAGCUGGUUUUACCCUCGCCAGGAGGCAGGUAAGGCCGUGGAGCCUGUGACGGACUUUUUGCCUGGAUCCAGCCAUGACAUCCGCUCCACCGUGACCAUCCAGAAUGCAGAGCUGGAGGACACCGGCACCUACAUCUGCCACGUCUCUGAGGUCUACCACCAGAAUACGGACAAGAAGGACAUUGAGGUCAACGUGAUCGAGCGUGGCUUUGUGAGGUUCCACACUGGUCUGAACGACGUCGAGUUUGCCGAGGUGCACAAGAGUCGCAUCAUCCAGGUGCAGAUCGAGGCCUAUCCACAGCCAACCAUCCUGUGGCUGAAGGACAAUGAGACCCUGAGGGUGGGGAACAGCAGCGAAUUCGUCAUCACCAGCAAGAACCUGUCGGAAAACAGGUACCAAACCACUCUGACCCUAGUGCGAGUGAAGCAGAAUGAAGGGGGAUUCUACACCGUCCGGGCAUCCCAUGAGGAUGACACGCAGGAGAUGUCCUUCUACCUGCAAAUUAACGUGCCCGCCAACGUGUUAUGGCUGAAGGAGAACAGCAAUGCCAGCAGUGGGGAGCAGACCGUCAUGUGCUUCACUGAAGGGAUGCCCCAGCCAGAGCUCAUGUGGUUCACCUGCAGUGACAUCAAAGGGUGCGGCACCAAGGAGCAGCCCACCAGGGUCCUGGGGAACAACUCAGAGGAGAUCAACCUGCAGACCAGCUCCAUGUACCACGAGACGCUGAAGGUUUACAGAGUGAACAGCACGCUGCGGCUCCGCAGGGUGGACGAAGACCUGCUCAUCAGAUGCUCUGUGCAGAAUCUCCUGGGCAAUGAUUUUGAGGACAUCACCCUGGUCCCACACGGCUGGCCCUUGAAGGUGAUCAUCAUCUCAAUCAUCCUGGCCUUGGUGGGGGUGCUUGCCGUCAUCUUCCUGGUGAUCCUCAUCGUCCUGUGGCUGAAGAAGCCUCGCUAUGAAAUCCGCUGGAAGGUGAUUGAGUCGGUCAGCUCCGAUGGGCAUGAGUACAUCUACGUGGAUCCCAUGCAGCUCCCCUACGACUGCAGCUGGGAGCUCUCCAGGGACAAGCUAGUGCUAGGGCGCACUCUCGGAUCCGGAGCCUUUGGCCGAGUGGUGGAGGCAACGGCCCAUGGCCUGAGCCAUUCGCAAUCCACGAUGCGAGUGGCCGUGAAAAUGCUCAAAUCUACCGCCAGGAGCAGCGAGAAGCAGGCCCUGAUGUCUGAGCUGAAGAUCAUGAGCCACCUGGGGCCUCACCUAAACAUUGUCAACUUACUUGGAGCCUGCACCAAAGGAGGCCCCAUCUAUAUCAUAACAGAGUAUUGCCGCUAUGGAGACCUGGUGGACUAUCUGCUCCGGAACAAGCACACCUUCCUCCAGUACUACACCGAGAAAGCAAGGCGAGAGAUGGAGGUGUAUGGGAAUGCCUCUGAAGAGGACAAGGUGUACAGCCUCACCUCCUUCUCUGUCGAAAGCGAUGGGGGCUACAUGGAUAUGAGCAAGGAUGACUCCCUGGACUACGUUCCCAUGUCUGAUAUGAAGGGAGAGAUCAAGUAUGCUGACAUUGAGUCUUCCAACUACGGCACUCCGUACGAGUUGGACAGCUAUUCCCCCUCAGCUCCCGAAAGGACGGACCGCGUGACCCUGAUAAACGAGUCCCCAUUCCUCAGCUACACAGACCUGAUUGGGUUUAGUUUCCAGGUGGCCAACGGGAUGGAGUUCCUCGCGUCCAAAAACUGUGUGCACCGAGACCUGGCAGCAAGGAACGUCCUCAUCUGCGAGGGGAAGCUGGUGAAGAUCUGUGACUUUGGCCUGGCCAGAGAUAUCAUGAGGGAUUCCAACUACAUCUCCAAAGGCAGCACCUUCCUGCCUUUGAAAUGGAUGGCGCCUGAGAGCAUCUUCAACAACCUCUACACAACCCUGAGUGAUGUGUGGUCUUUUGGGAUCCUUCUCUGGGAGAUAUUCACUCUGGGUGGGACUCCAUACCCUGAACUACCCAUGAAUGAGCAGUUCUACAAUGCCAUCAAAUGUGGCUACCGAAUGUCUAAACCCACCCAUGCUUCCAACGAGAUCUAUGACAUCAUGCAGAAAUGUUGGGAAGAGAAGUUUGAGAUAAGACCUUCCUUCUCUCAGCUGGUGGUACUUAUGGGGAACCUCCUGGCAGAUGGAUACAAGAAGAGGUACCAACAGGUCGAGGAAGAGUUCCUGAAGAGUGACCACCCUGCUGUUCUGCGCACAAGGCCCAGAAUCCCCGGGGUCAGCAGCGCCGGGCUCACCCCCAGCUCCGGCACCGGAAGUGUCCUCUAUACAGCCGUGCAGCAGGACGAGGGGGACAAUGAGUACAUCAUCCCCCUUCCUGACCCCAAGCCCGACGGAAUCGACGACGCCCCUCAGGAGGCUUCGGUCAGCCGGGCCAGUUCUACUCUGAACGAAGUGAACACAGCAUCCACAAUAUCCUGUGACAGCCCCCUGGACCCACAGCAGGAAGGGGAACAGGAGGAACCUGAACCAAAGUCGGGCUGCCAGGAGCCAAGCCCAGGGCACCACGACAUGGAAGAGAGUUUUCUGUAGAAAGGGCAGGGCUGAUGCUACCCCACACCCUACCAGUGAGACCAGCUAGGGGGCAACCAAACUUGGUGGAGAACCUGGAUGGGUGCUUCUUUAUCCCGCCCUCCGUCCCACCUCCCAGCACAACGUGGACUAUAGAGGCACCUUUCCCCUCCCCCAGCCUCACUGCCACACUCCACCCCAUUGAUCAAACUACUGAGACGAGGCGGGGUCUCCUCACAGACAAACCUCUUCUCCUCACAGUGAAGCCUCAGUGCUUCCAGACCAAGGGGCAGGGCACCAGCGGGUCUCCAGAGGAGAUGCUGCCGUUCACUCCAUUUGUUUGAUAUCCCAGCCUCUUUCCCGCACCCUGGUGCAACAGGUGGCUCUGAAUUCCAGUCUCCAUCUGGGCCGAAGCUGCCUCUUUGAUGUUCUGCGUAUCCGCCACGCUGUGGUACAACGGCCGUACGUGGCUGGGCUGGACAGACAGAUUCCUUGCAGCUCCCUGGUGGGGCGUCGGGAAGCCGAUAGGCCAGGCCCCAGUCACUAGAGAACAGGAUCAUACUGAUUGGAUUCUCUCUCAAGCACAGCAGAGCUAUUAUAGCCGCUGAGGAGAAACGAGCCAUGGAGAAUCCAGUCACCAGGAGAAACCAGUCACGUUCUUCCCUUCUUGUCCUCUCCAGCCUUUCUGAGAGGAAUGCGGCACCACAAGCACUGUGGUACAGGUACCUGUGGCACUGGGCCACAAUGCUGCAUUAGCACCCUUUUCCUCCACCCCCAAGGAGAUGUCAUAGGCUGACCCUCUUUCUGCCCACAACAGCACCCUGGGUUCCUAAGGGCCUGCCAGGAAUCAGGGAUGCUCUGAUAAUGACUCUGCUGUGGCAGCAGCAGCGCAUUCCAGCGUUAUCUUCCUCUGUGUGGACUCUAAGCCUAGAUAGUCUCCAUAUCGCUCAUUUAAAGGGAACAAAUAAGAUCUCUUAAUUCACUAGCCAGGGCCAGUAUAGGAACAAAAAUGGCUAUUCAUUAAUCUUCUAGUGCCACGGAACCUAUUUCACCUGCUGGGAAAGUCUCUCAGCCCAGCUGGCUCCAGAAUCUUUGUUUUAUCUUUGGGAAGCAGAGGUAUGACGUUGAUGUUACUUUAUUCAUACGAGUUCCCCUUUCUGUGCCGUCUGGGUCCCUCACGUGAAUUGCAGCCUCUUGCCCUAGGUGAGUAACCAGGCUGCAUAAACACAAGCCCAGGCGAUCCAGGGACAGCGAGAGAGAGAGAGAGAGAGGUUGUGAAGUCAUCUGAGAGCUGUAUAGGGUUUAUGGUCCUGCCACUCAAAGUCUCUUUGACUGUACAAAUACAUGGGGGGAAGCCAACUUUUAAACAACGAGCAGCAUUUGUGUUUGCCAGGAGCAGCCGUUCUCAUGCUGAUAGGAUCCAUGGAGCCUUGCAGGAUGGUACAUUUUGGGACCCAAGAAGAGGAGGAAGGAUCAGGUUGUCGGAUGGGAAGUGGGCCUAAGACAGGGACUUUCUCUUAGAAAGUGGAAUGCAGAAUGGAAAUGUUGGAGAACCCCUCGUCUUGCUUCAAACCCCUCUACCCCAUUGGCAGGGCUGUGACCUGUAGCACUCUGAGCUUCCACUCGUUAGUCGAAGAGUUAAACCAGGUGGAAAACAAGGAAACCAUGAAAAUCCCCCAAAACAGGAAGGUUAUGACAAUGUCUUCAGCUUGGAAACCAGCAUUUUCUCCCAUUUGAAUAGCAUCAAAUUGCUUAGCACCCUUUUCCUCCACACCCACAGCUCCUUCUAGCUCAUCCACUUCCCUGUCCCUCUCACACACAUGGUGGCUGUGCUCUUAUUAACAGAGAUGGUUGGAAACGUUCACAUUUUCAAUGACGUUCUUUGUGGAGGUUUGUCGGACAGUUUAUAGAGCCGUCUAAAACUGUCCACCGAAAAACAUUGACAAUUUUGGUGUGUUUUCCAGUCAGCUCUAGUUAAUGGUGACAUAUUUGUAAAGUUAAAUCAAGAGGAACAGGUACCUGUGGCAGGGAGGGGUUAUGUUUUUAAUAAAAUGUGAAAGCUAAAUGUAGCACUGUUAGUGGUAGCCAGCCAAGUGCUAUUGCAAUACUGCAAACCAUGGCCAGAGGUGUUUCUCUAUUUCCUGCAAGUAUGGUCAGAUUUCUCAUAUCCCAUCAUCCUCAGGAAUCAUUCUGUGAAUGGCAACUCUUUUCCUACACACGCAUCCUCUUGAUCGUAGUGCAAGAUCCACGUUCAGUGGACAUGACUCAAGAAAUGCCCCAAACCACAGGGAAGCAACAUAGAUUGUUGGGGUUAGCCCACGUUUCCUCGGUUUCUUAGGUGCUCUGUAUGGCACAAGCCACCACAGCUUCAGCCAGGUGAAGGGAUACUGCUCUUAUCAAAUCCCCUGGAAGGGAUACUGCUCUUAUCAAAAAAUUUGUGUUGUGUUUUUGUCCCAGCUUUCUAAGACCUCUCAAUCUGGGUGGAUUUAAUAGAUCCUCUCUAUGGUCAGAGCCUUUAUCUGCCAGGGCAGAUUUCUCUUUUUAUGAUGCCCCGUGCUACUACUUGAAAUAGAACCUGUGAUUUAAAGAACCCAUUAGCUCCUGCCCGCACAGCAGCCCUAAGCAAAAUUUAGCUGUACAAAUCUGACCUUGUGAAUCUGGGGCUAGCGGGAAGUCUGGCAAAGGUGUGCUGGUGCUGAACACUGUCUGGCUACUUCCAGCCCCAUCUGGGCUUGACAUGAAGAGUUUGAUUUGCCUUCUGCUCCGCUGGGCUGGAAAGCUUUCUGGUUUCACAUCCUGCUGCGAGUGUGCAGUGACUCGCUGCCUUGUGUCAGAGUGAGACCCCCCUCUGAUAAGGGCAGACAGUGCUGACCAGGUGAGCCUCCCCCAAGGUAAGAGUCUAGCUGGGUAGCCUCAGGAACACCAAGAAGGGAAAACCCUUUUCAAAGAAAGGAGUCUGCUUGUUUUAAUUCCCAACCAGCCAAUGGGUACAAUGGUGGCGGCUCCAUGGGCAAAGUGCACCUAUCCCUUACAGUUGCCAGAAGAAAUUCCGUGGCCAAAAUCUGCCAGGCAUUAAGGUUCACACCCUCUCUCUCUCGCUCUCUCUCUCUCUCUGCUUCUGAAAUUCCCACCUGGAUCCGUCAGACAUCUGGGAGCGACAAAUGUUUUAACCCAUCUGUUGCCAUCAAUUUUGUAGCCAUAAUUUGUCCUGAAGGGAACCGAUUCCUCUAGGGUUUUUAUUUUAUAUUGUUACUAUUUUUGUUUGUUUUUAAUGUUGGGGGAUGGGUCCAAACUGAACCCCUUUUCCAAGGACCCCAAAUGAUGGAGUCUCCAAACCCCCCAAAGGGAACCCAGUGCUGCAGUUUGGGCCCAUCGCCGGUAUAUUUUUUUAACUCCUAUUUUAAUCUGCAGUCAUUACAAAGUUAUCCGCUCCAAUCUAUGCACUUUCCUCCUGCCAGUCACGAUUUCUGUGCAUCCAGGAGUCUAUUGCUACACUACAGUGUCUCUCUCCAUAUUUAAGAUGCUGCUCAGACUGACAUGUUUGACUUUUUAACGUUUGUCAUUUUCAGUUGGGUGGGUUUUAUGUAAGGAGAGUCGUGUUUAGUGUUUCGCGUCACAUUAUAAAGUCUAGAGCACAGUGGACUUUAUUUGGAACUGAGUUGUCUCUAUUCACCCCUGCGGGGACCAGCAGGUCCUUGGUGGAGUCGGAGCAGUGAGAUGGGAGCUAGACAUGGAGUGGCAAGGAGCAAUCAGUAGAAAGUUGGCCAAAACUGGUGUUAAAGACCCACCUAAUUUAGGAUCACCAACUCUCUGGGAGGUACAGCACCAACGGGCAGGAAGUAUCUUGAUAAGUGUUGGAUGGAGAUCCUGGGGAACGCCGUGUUAUGUCAGUCCACAAUACUGGACUAAGCAGGGGAGGGAUAUCUCAUAGCCGUCUCCUUUUGGGAGAGAUUUGCCACAGCCCAAGCACCGGGGAGGGAGGGGAUCCCUUCCUUGUUCCACUGCACAGAGGUUAGAGAAAGAACUAGACUAACAUGUCAUUAGUCCAUCGCCUCCUCCCAGCCAUGCAGGGUUGUUCCCUACAGGAUUCCUGCUCCAGCUGAGUUUUAACUGAGUUUGACCCUAGCCCUGGCCUCAUAGCAAGACAGGUGGCAGUCCCAGAACAGGUGGGGAGCGAAGAGUGACUGGCCACCUGCUCCCGCUCUUCCCCCAUAAAGGGAGGGGGAAUUUAAAGAGACAGAGCCUUCAUUUUCACCCUUCCGUCUUCCCCCACAUCAAUUGAUGCCAAUCCCAGCUUUGCCAGUUUUUGCAAAAUUUGUUAAAAUAUUGGCACAGGCUCACACCACCGCCACACACACAUGCAGGGUACCAGGGAAAUGCUCUCCUUUCCCCACUUUAGGUUUAAGACAAUGCUAGGAGAGUGGCUGGCUCCUGACCCUGCCCUACAGCGCUGGCGACCCUAAAUACGACCCAGUGGUUUAUCUGCAGUGUUUCUCUUCAGGCAGCAGAAGGGCAACUGAUCUGCAGCUUUCACAUCACAUUGCUGCAGGUGGCAACUCUACUCCAUGGCCCAUGGGACCAAGCUGCUGCAGCCCCUGGAUUUCCAGGCCUGUACGGACACUUGCUUAGGUCAAGCCUAUCAGAAACCUGAGCUGCAUCAGACAGGUCACUGACACAAGCUACACAGCAUGUCCCAGUGACGGCAGCAGCUGGGAAUGUAGCACAUUGGGAGGGGGGAGAACCAUUCAUGAAAUUCUGCCCAGUGAGAUCAAACUGCAGUGGAAUGAGCCACCUAUCCCCGUGGCAUGUCUCCUGGGCUCCUCCUCCCCUCACUUUCAAGCCUCGUUAUAGGCUCAGCAGCUUCCUGCCUACUUGCAGUCAUUUCAGACCUAGCGCAUCUCUAGUUCCUCUAACCUUUGUUUCAACCUUCUGCGUUGCUGAAGGUAGUCAAUGGGUAGGAGCCAAAGUGUAAAGCGCCAGGGCAGAACUGGCGCGGCACAUCUGACCGGCUGUCUCUUCGGCCAUGCCCUGGGCUUCAAGUGGCAGUGCCGGAAUGGAGGGGAACACCCUGCAGGGAAGGGACAGUGGAUUAGGAAGUAGGUCAUCUUGAGCCGUGAUGGCCUGAUGCAGAGUUAAAUG